AUGAGCCUUGUAAGGGAACUCACCUACUUUCUUGGUCUACAAGUAAAUCAAAUGGGACACAACAUCUUUAUUUCUAAAAGAAAGUAUGCAAAGAAUAUAGUGAAGAAUUUUGGGCUUGAUAAGGAAAGUUAUGAGAGAACUCGUGUUGUAACACAUGUGAAAUUAUCCAGAGAUGAUAAUGGUGUUAAUGUUUAUCAAAGUUUAUAUAGAAACAUGAUUGGUAGUCUGGUAUAUCUCACAAUAAGCAAACUUGGCAUUGCAUUUUUUGUAGGUGUUUGUGAUAGAUACCAAGCUAAACCUAAGGCUAGUCAUAUCACUCAAGUGAAGAGAAUCAUGAAAUACAUAAAUGAGACUUGUCACUAUGGGAAUCUUUAUUCUCAUGAUACUAACUCAAUACUAGUAGCAUAUUGUGAUGUUGAUUGGGAUGAGAGUGUUGAUGAUAGAAAAAGCACAUAUGGUGUAUGCUUAUAUCUUGGAAACAACUUAAUAUCUUGGUUCAGUAAGAAGCAAAAUCAUGUCUCUCUUUCUACUAUAGAAGUGGAGUACAUUGAUGCACGGAGCAGUUGCACCCAAUUGUUAUGGAUGAAACAGAUGUUGAAGGAGUACAAUGUCAAACAAGAUGUCAUGACAUUAUACCGCGACAAUUCAAGUGCUAUUAAUAUUUCAAAAAAUCUUUUUCAACACAGUCAACCAAGCACAUUGCCAUUUGUCAUCAUUUCAUCAGGGAAUUUGUGGAAGAUAAAAUUGUAA